AUGUAUCAAUUCAAUAAAUUAAAAGAUACAGUCAUGAGCUAUUUCGAAACAAAUACAUCACCAGGACCUUUCAAUGAAAUCGAUCAUUUAACUUCAAAGAAUAUAGAUUAUAUUAAUGAUUUUCAAUAUGGUGUCAAUAUAUUCUUAAAGAGAAACGUUAGAAAUAAUUUUACGACUGGCAUUGAGUUUUCACCAUCGCCAAUGUUUUUCAGAGGUUCGUUCGGUGGACGUUUGUUGAAUGAUUCUACUACCGUCGAUUUGUCGGUCGACAACUCACACGACUUGGAGGUCGAAGUGAACAGUCAACUCGCCAAGAAUGUCACUUCGAAGGUCUAUGCCAACUCCAACCUGAACAAGAUGGGAACGAACCGUCCAGACAUGGUCGGAACCAUCUGCUACCAGACACCACGUUACUUCUCCGAGUUGAAGAUGACCAACAAGAACGAUGGCCUGGUCGGUAUCUCGCACUUGCAGAGCGUCGCCCGCAACAUAGCGGUCGGUUUCGAAGCCUACUACAAAGCGUCACAGAAGAGCGGUGGCGGAUCGUUGGCCGCUCGCUACCAAGGCUUCCGUGGAAAACAGCCAUUCCAGGUGUGUUCGACCUACAACGUCAUGGGAGACCUCUCGAUCUCGUUCUUCACCUCGCUGAUGCCAGCAUUCAUCGAUUUGGCAACACGUUACACACUGAACACCAACAACCUCCAAUCGAUGUUUGAAAUCGGAUCGAACAUCGACUUCCACGUCAAGGUAGGACAGCGUCACGUUCCAAUUUCACUCGUCCUCCGUACCAGCUCAACAUUUGUUCAUUCCGCUCGUUUCCAAUUCAACCUACCAUACGCUAGCGUCAGUGUUGGAACAGUCAUUUCAAACAAGAAACCAUCAUUCGGUUUGACUCUUUCAUUAUAA